AUGAUCGGACAAUUGAAUACGUUUUCUACGCCGCCUAAUUUACGAGACAAAAGCUCAUUGUUUUUCAAACGUUCAUUGUUUAUACUUUUCGGUGGAGGUAUUAUAUUAUUAAUUCUCAAUUCUAAUACGAAACCGCCAGGGAAAUUAGAAAUCGAUUAUUUUAUAUUAUCGCAAAGAUGGCUUCCAACUGCUUGCAUAUCGUUCAAAGAAAAAGGCUCAAAACAAUGUUUAUUACCUGGAGAUCCUGACAGGUGGACCAUACACGGUUUAUGGCCACAAAAGGGUAAAAUAAAAGGACCGUUUUAUUGCAACGGUAGUUGGAAUUUUGAUAUAACACAAAUAGAACCCAUUGUGAACGAAAUGAGAAUACAUUGGCCGGAUAUUCAACAUCCACAAUCGACAUCAUUUUGGAAUCACGAAUGGACAAAACAUGGAACUUGUGCAGCAUCGGCAUCAAUCGAUUAUCUCGACACACAAUUGAAAUAUUUUGAAAAAGCACUCGAUUUGUAUAAACAAUACAAUUUAAAUGAGAUAUUUAAUCGUUUGAAGGUUGUGCCAUCACCGAACGGCAUCUACGUGAGAGAUUUAGAAUUUAGAAUGAGAAAUCUAUUAGGGAGAGAUGUUUACAUUGAAUGUUACAGAGGAGUUUCGAUAAAACAAUAUUAUUUAAACGAAAUUCGUUUUUGUUUUGAUAUAAAUUUAAAUCUCAUCGAUUGUGAAGUGACAAUUAAAAAGAAUAAAAUUAAUAAAGAUGAAAAAGGAUAUGAAUCUGAUGUUCCGACAAAUUGUCCAUUGGAUUCACCAGUGACAUAUUCCGGUAAUUCUCAUUUAACAUCUUAUCGAAAACAAUUGAUAAAUGCUGAAAACAUUCAAACCUAUGAAAAAUAUUUGCAAAUUUACAAAAUAAUAAAAUUUUUACAAAUGAUAUUUAUUUAA